GGUGAAGGAACGCAGCAACUAAGCAUUUUCUCGAUCUCUGCUGUCUCUGCAUCCGCGCUAUUGUAAAUUCUGACCCAAGCAAUUUAUUGGCUCUAUGACUAAAUAAAUUUCUAGGUAAACGAACCGCGCAUAAGAAUGGGAGUGCCGAAGUUCUACCGAUGGAUAAGCGAACGUUACCCCUGUCUGAGUUCUGCUGUCAAGGAAUAUCAGAUUCCAGAGUUCGACAACUUGUACCUUGACAUGAAUGGAAUUAUCCACGUCUGCUCGCACCCUAACGAUGAGGACCCACACUUUCGCAUUACAGAAGAAAAAAUCUUCUUGGACAUCUUUAAUUACAUAGAUUUUCUGUUUCGGAUGAUCAAGCCCAAGAAGACAUUCUUCAUGGCUGUUGACGGCGUUGCCCCCAGGGCCAAGAUGAAUCAGCAGCGAGGCCGGAGAUUCAAGUCUGCAAAGGAGGCCCAGGCACUGGAGAAGGAGGCACGUGAUAAGGGAGAGGUCCUGCCUACUGAGGAGAGGUUUGACUCAAACUGCAUCUCGCCUGGCACUGAAUUUAUGGCACGGCUGCAGGAUCAGCUGCAGCAGUUUGUGGCCACAAAGGUUUCCACCGACCCUCUGUGGCAAGGCGUCAAGGUUUACCUCUCGGGCCACCAGACGCCAGGUGAAGGGGAACACAAGGUGAUGGAUUUUAUCCGAACUGAACGGUCCCAGCCUGGUUAUGACCCAAACACAAGGCACUGUUUGUACGGGCUUGAUGCUGACUUGAUUAUGCUAGGCAUAUGUUCUCACGAACCACACUUUGCACUUCUUCGGGAGGAGAUUGUGUAUGGCAAGAGGCAGAGUCAAAAGAGGCUCAAUGUUCCCGAAGAGAUCACAUUUCACCUUCUCCAUUUGUCACUGCUUCGAGAAUACUUGGAGCUUGAGUUUCAAGCCUUAAAGGAGACCAUCCCGUUCGAGUUCAAUGUGGACAACAUCAUUGACGACUGGGUGCUGAUGUGCUUCCUAGUGGGCAAUGACUUUCUUCCACACUUGCCCAACCUCCACAUUGCUCACAAUGCACUUCCAGUUCUCUACCAGGCCUACAUUGAUGUGAUGCCAACGUUGGAAGGUUACAUCAAUGAGUAUGGAAAGCUAAAUUUGGAAAGGUUCGAAAAAUUUCUCACCAGGCUGUCUCAGUUCGACUACGAAAAAUUCACCGACGUUCAAGCAGACCAGAAGUUCUUAGCGUCGAAGAGAGCCUAUGCCGAAGCACCAAAUGGUAUUGUGCAGCAGAACGGUUCACCGCCACCUGACAAGGAGAAGACCAAGGAUCCAGACGAAAAGCGCCUGCUGGAGAAGUUCAGCCACCUGGACAUUCCCGACUAUGACAGUGAUGAUGAACAGGAGGGUCUCGUCGAGAUGGAAUUUCGGCAGCACAAGCGGGACUAUUAUGUCAACAAGUUGGACUACAAGGAUGUCAACAAGGAAGUUAUGCAAGAACAAGCACAUGGCUACGUCCGGGCUGUUCAGUGGAACCUGCACUAUUACUACAAUGGCGUACAGUCUUGGAACUGGUACUACCCACACCACUACUCUCCUUACAUCUCGGACAUCAAGGAUUUUCAAAACUUGGACAUGUCAUUUGACCUGGGCAAGCCUUUCUUGCCCUUCCAACAGCUCAUGGCCAUUCUGCCAUCUGCCAGCAAGAAGCUCGUCCCUGGUGCAUAUCAGGAUCUCAUGGAGAAUGAGUCAUCUCCAAUCUUGGAUUACUACCCAAAGGAAUUCAACACAGACUUGAACGGGAAGCAGCAUGAUUGGGAAGCUGUUGUGCUCAUACCUUUCAUAGAAGAGGACCGCCUGCUUCCUGCCAUGGAGGAGCGCUUCGAGCAACUGACCGAGGAAGAGAAGGCCCGCAAUGGCCACUCGGGACACCUGCUGUUUGUUUACUCCAAGGAAACGCAGCCAGCACGCCCCUGCAAGGGCGACCGACUGCUGCCUAGUAUAGAUGAAAACCAUGCCAAAGUGACUGAGUUGGAUAAGGAUGCCUUUAGACUUCCUGUGUCCAUGAUCAAGAAGGGUCUUCUGGAGGGAAUCAGGCUGGAUGUUUACUUUCCUGGGUUCCCAACUCUAAAGCAUCUGCGCUACACUGGAUGCUUGAAGAAAGAGUGCAUCAAAGUGUUCCAGUCCAUGACCAGGAACGAAAGCAUGGUCAUUACGAUAGAUAACAAAGAUGAACGAACACUCACAGAGAUAUCUACGGAGCUCCUGGGCAAGUCCGUUUACGUCUAUUGGCCCCAUCUACUUGAAGCUCUGGUGGUGGCCGUCUCCACUAGGGAUGAAAGACACUCCCUGGAGAAAUACAAGAAUGCAAAGAACUGUGACAGCGUCAGUAUCUUCAAGUUGACCAGUAGCGACCAGGAAGUGUUUGAUAUGCAAGUCAGUGGAAUCAAAGAACGGUAUCUGGGGCGCUAUGGUGUAAACGUCGGUGAAGUUGACAUCCUGGUUUUUUGCAAAACAUUGACUGGUCGAAAGUACACCUGCACGUCCAAGGGUCGCAUCACACUUGAGAAGCAGUGGGCAGAGCUCAGUGUCCCAUUUGCACGCCAGUCUAUUGUCAAGGACAUCACUGAAAAGUCUCCAGACUUUGAAGAGUUCAAAACGGUUGAAGAGCUGUUCCCGGUUGGAAAGACAUGCUUCAUGAUUGGCAAUCCCCAUUAUGGCUCCCAAGGAAUGGUUGUCGAUGCCAAGCCAGCCAACAAAGCUGGGCGUAUCCUUGUUAAGUUUACAGUGCCCUUCGAGCCAAAUUUGGAUGGCAUCAUCCGGAAUGAAAGGAAUCUGUGCCAGGUCCAUUACAUGAAUGCUCAUCAGCUGUCGCAACAGCUUGGGGUCAACGCACAGUUUGUGUCUCGCAUCACGGGCACUGUGUAUAUUCAGAUGAACAGCAAGGAGGCUGAUUCGGCUUCGCUUGUCAACGUUGGCCUGCAUCUCAAGUUCAACAAGACAUCUGAAGAGAUUCCUGGGUACUCAAAGAGAAUGAAUGACUCAUGGCUCUACUCGACGAAGUGCCUUGAAGUACUCAAGCAGUAUUUGGAGAAGUACCUUGACUUCGUGCAGAAAAUUCUUUCUUUCCUGGGACAGGACAAAAUUGCGGUGGAAGACCUUUACCCAAAAGGAGCGGGAAAAGAAGAGGUGAGAGAGGUGGCCAAGUGGAUAAAAGAGCAGGAGUGUUCCAAAGUGCCGCGGGUCAAAAGCGGUGCAAUGUUGCUCGACGAAGGUGUCAUCAAGGCCAUUGAAGAGACUAUCAACAGAGCCAAGGACACAGAGCCACCACAGGAAGUGCUUUUGGACGUGCACCCCAAGCACCUGUAUCGGCCGGGUCUCCAGUAUGGCUGGGUGCAGCCCGAUCCAAAGGCCACUUACUACUUGUUUGACCGAGUAGUGAAUGUCCGGGAGAACAUUGCAGUUCCUGUAGGAUACCGGGGCACUGUCAUCGGCCUUCUCCCAUUGGAGAAUAAUGAGCCACAGAUGUGCGAAGUGGUGUUUGACGAGCCGUUUGCCGGUGGCUUGCCCCUGCGGUGCUCGGAACACCAUGGCUACCGACUCUCCACUCUGUUCCUGGUGAACCUUUCGCACGGCAGCCGAGGGCAGCGGAGCCAGCAACUCUACCAGGUGCCCGCACGCCGUCAACAGCAAGCGGAUUCAUACUCACUGCUUGUUGGCAACAAGGUCAGAACCAGCUCGGCUCAACCACGGGCUACUCAUGCGAGCACGGAUAACGGCUGGCAGGACUUGUCACCGCAACGUCGACAAGCAAAAAACCGAUUCCAUCAUUCUCCAAACUCUCCAUUUGAGGCACAAAAGUCAUCCCCAGCUCCUGAGUCAUCCGGCGAAAGCACGUCAGACUUUGCCUCCUUGUGGCUGGGGUUGCAGAAGGCGACGGCGGCCCCCAUGCCCAGUACCCUGCCAGCUGCUCAGAAGGCAUCCCCUUCCUCACAGCACCAGGGCACUCCCCUCUCACUGGAUGAGCUCUUCAAAGGAGCAAAGAACCAGGUGGAGGAAGGCUCAGGCAUUCCAGUGGUUCCGUCAUCAGCGAGCAUCCUCGAGGAAUUGGUGAAGUGCACGAAAGAGUCCAUGGGUGCAGAGCCAGAGCACUUCUGCAUUGGAAUGGAUGGACAGCCUCCGAAGAAAUUCAAGGCCUUUGUCAUCCUUCCGAACGGAAAAAAGUUUGCCAGCGCCUGCAUGGACAACCAGAAGUCUGCACUACAGGAUGCAGCCCACCAGGCUCUUGCCUUUGUCACUAAGAAAACGCCUGCCCCUCAGCUGGUGCAGCCGACUCCUAUAACAGUGCGAGCUCAGCGACCCAGCUUGCCUCUUCCCUUCGGAAACCCACCACCACCGUUGUGUGGUACCGGCAGCUUGGGGACGCAGUUUCGGAUGCCGCCCCCAUGUGAGGCAUCUCUCAUUCCGGACUCCUUUGUGGAGAGCAACCGCCUCCUGAUGGAGACGCUGAACAGCACGCCAGCCGAGCAGCCCCUGCAGCCCAGCUACGGCUUGUCGUGGCAGAUGCCGAGGAUGCCGGCACCAUUUACCCGCACACCCUUGUACAUGGCGACAUCACCUGGCAAGGAGCAGUACCAACAGCGCCCCUACUUUCCCAAUCCCCGCAACGUUUUUGCACCACGGCCUACGAUGCUUUUGUACCAGCAACACCAGCAGCAGCUUCACAGGCAGCCACAUCCGGACGCUCUGCUGCGACCCCAACUUCCUGGCAGGUCUCCACAGAAGGACAGGCAGCUGGCACAGAGGGGCGGUGGCCGUCAUGCGGAACAGCAGUCUGAGCCUUGUCUUCCACGGCCAGCCACUUUCCAUGAGCACCAGCUCUCGGCAUCGGCCAGCGUCUUUGUGCCCACUCAGGUCAUGCGGAAGCAGCCUGCUCCCAAGCCAGCUACAGCAGCAGCUGGUUCAAGUUCCCCGAGAAAGAAAAAGGAAACUGCGAAAGGUGCAAAGGACCCACUGGUGGGGGCAGUGCCACCACCGAUGCUUCUUGAUCUCGACCUAAGUGCUCCUCCUGCAAAGCAGCCGUCUGCUGCGUCAUCAUCUGCCAAGAAGCCAGAGGCAGCGGAUGUGACCGCACCUUCAGCAAGCGCACAACAGCAAUCUGCGAAGGCCAAGCCUAACCAGACUUCCACUGCCACAGUGCCCGCUGCUGCUUCCCAAUCAAAGCCUCCGGCACGCAGGUCGAGGCUGGCUGUUAAAUUCGACAAUGCCCCCUCCUGAGGAGCUCAGUCACAGGUCACAUAGUGUGUUUUCGGCAUUCUAGGCAAAGCUCCUAUGAGAACUCCUUUUGUAUUACGUGGAAGCUCAUUAGGUGCCGCCCGUGGACGCGCAGAUCGGAUGAUAUAAAACCAGACUUAGGUUUGCUGGUUUACAGUUCACUUCUGUGAGUGGCCCCGCUGUGUAAAGUCUCGAUUCCCAUUUACCACACACGUUUUAAUUUCUUUUCUUCGAUUUUCGUAAUUGCGCUUUCGGGUGCUUUGCAUCACAUACACAGAGGGGUUUAGUAACCCUUGGAUCACUGUUCUUUUCUCGCUCUCAUGUUGCGAUAUCUUAAGCUGUGUUGAUUUUCGCAGGGGUGAAGACCGUCAGAGCUUGCGAGCUGUGCUUGUAAUAGCUGCUUUUUAAUGAUUGCACAAGGCCGUUACAGCGGCAAAUUGCAAUUUCAAGAGCACGCACAUCAUUUCCUUUACAGGAAAUGCUUAUUUUCGCCCUACUCUACAUAAAAGCAAAAUUGAUCUCCCUUAUUAUGGACUAAUAUAAAUGGUGAUCAAUCUAGCUACUGAGUCAGCCAGAAUGAAGGUACAAGCCAACAACAACGAGCAGUGGUUAUCAAUGGGAGCCUCUCUCUUUUGUGACUCUUAUUGUCCAACAGAUAUACCUAAACAUAUGUGAUUUAAAUUGCGUACUUUAUUGAUUACUUAACAUUAUCUAUCGCAGCGUUUUUGUCUUUUCUUGAGCCGUUGAAACUCGAGAAAACCACUAAACAGUGGUGUAUUUUUUAGGAACUUUUUAUGAAUGGCAUAGCAUUACUAAAAGCCUGUUAGUAGAUUUGUUGUUAAUGCCAUUAUUGUGCGUCUGUGAGAAUUGGCAGCUAAUAAAGACUGUGCACUUUUUCCUGACGUUGGCAUAGAAAGUUGUGUGUGAUCUUGCAUGAGCUGUUUCGUUUUUAUGGCACGCUAAGGCUGGUUGUCGUCUCUUUCUGAAUCGUGUCAGAUUUAUUGAUUGUUGUUGCUUUUUAAAACUUUAUUUCAUACACUCCUUACUGUUGCUAUCAUUUGUUGGUAGAAGCCAAAAAGUUUCUUACUAAAGUUACUAGAGGAGAGUUUGGUGCUGCAGUUGUUUAACCACCAUAAAUCAUUGGUAGUACUAUAGGUGCAUGGAUUUGGCAUGGCUACGGAUUGGCAUGCCUUUGUUGACAAAGCAAAUUGCAGAUUUUUUUAUCAUCCUUUGCACUUCAGCUGUGUUGUGUGCUAGUGGCACAUGUUUUAAAGCAGCAGAGUGUUUUACAAGGACAUUUCAUUAUCUUAUGCAAUUUUGACUCGUAAAUAAGUCUGAGCACUUCUUCGUGUGCACGUUGCCAGAUAUGAAUCUUUCCUGAAGCAACGUUUGCCAUCGGCGACUAUUUGAUAUACUUCCAGGGGCCGUGUUUACUUGUAAUGUUCAGAGAAGAAUACAGUGAUAAAAUGAGUAGGUAAAUGAGGUUAGUAAUUGCCUUAAAAGAAAUUUAACACGACAACGCAAGAAGUUGGUUUGCUUGAACCCAGAAGGAUGAAGUUUAUACAAAUCCAUGUGUACUACUGUACCUGUCAUUUCCAUACUUUGUGAAGCACUGUACCUUGCAGCGGUGUGUGCAUUGAUACUGACACCACACUUCGCCGUAGUAAGUCUGGUAUGCAGUUCUUUGGCAGAAGCCAUGUAUUAAUGUUCGGAACAUUUGUACAUUUCAUUGUGACCAUUUUUCUUCUUACAUGUACCUGCCAUUUUGCAUGCCUGUGUAAUUGUGUAUCUCGGCAGCCUGCCGAGAAUGUAAUUUAAGUGUGUGUUUGUAAAUACCAAUUGUUUGGAAUCAUCUUCAAUGUGGACAUGUUUCAGAAGCUAAGUAUGAUAAUAUGGUAAGCGAGCUUAAAUGCACGCAUACAUAGGGAACGUUCCUGUAAAUAAACUCUUUCAAAAAAUUG